AAAAAUAAAAUCAAAUGCACAAGUUGUUGUUUUUAAUUAGAAACUUUAGUUACAGCACAUGUAUAACGCAAAUUUAAGUGAAAAAAUAUUGUUAUGUUAAUUUUUUGAGUAAAAUAAUGGCCUUCGACGAUUCAACUGAUGUCAAAUUGUCAACAAACAACAAAUAUGGCUGCAGAGUUGGCGUCUUUCAUAAAAUUAGACGUUCUAUGCGUAUUUUAUUUUUCAAUACCAGAUAAUGUGUAGUAAUUUAUGAGUAUUAACUUAAAAUGGAAUAUAUAUCAGUAAACUUUCUCUAUUUGUGGGGUGCUCGAAACAUUUUGUGUCCGUUUUCAAAUAAUGGAACAAAUUCCUAGAAGUUCUAAUAUUUUAUAACUCUAUCGUCCGGAUCGCCGCGAAUCUAUGAAACUCAAUUUGGGUCUAUUGGACGAAAUAAUAUUAUAAGAUGGAUUUCUUACAAGUGUGUCGUAUUUGUUCAGCUAUGGACGUGAAAAUGCACGAUUUACGGUUGUUUCCUCUGAAUUCGUUCUACGACUUUGUAAUCGGAACCAAUCCUCUUAACUGCAACUUGCCACCCUAUGCUUGCUUUGAGUGUGCAGCUCUUGUGAAGAAAUUUUACAAUUUUAGGCAGAAAUGUUUACGGAAUCAAGAUGUUCUGAAUGGGAUAACAGAUAUUUAUGGGAAGUUGAACCCAGCUGAAGUCAGAGCAAUCAACAGAAAAGAAUUUAAUAUCUCAUCAAAUCUCAUCAUCACUCGCCUAGAGAGCAUAGAUACAACAUGCAACAAUACCAGCAAUGAGUUUGUAAAAAUAGAACCGGAAGAUUGUGAAGAUGAUAAAGUUAAAGUAGAGGACCAUAACUAUGCAAGCAUAGACCAGAUAGACCAUAGUGUCUCGAGUGACGAUGAUGAACCUCUUUCGAUACAUAAAGAGAAAAAGCUUAAAAAUAAAGAAUCUGAUGAGGAUAUGUUUGAGAAUAACUUUGAUUGUGACGAAUUUGGAGCAGCCCUGGAUGAAGGGAAUUCAGUAGAUGCUUUAGAAGAAAAGAAAGUUAAAAAGCUGAAAAAGAAACAUCGUAAAAAUGGUAGAAGUGGUGCUUUCAAGCAUGUCAAAAUGUUGUCAAACCCCAGUUUGUCUGCAGAGAACAUGGAUGAUUUUGAUCAGUACAUUACUGUUAUAACUCUGACAGUGGAAGAGCAGAAAGCAGAAGUAAUGAAAAGAAAGGAAUCUUCAAACUACUUAAAUUCUCCAUACCAGUGCAAUCUAUGCUACAAAGGGUUCAUUGAUAAUAAUGCUUGGAAUCAUCAUGUUAGCAAACAUUCAGAGGCUGCAGGCAGCUUAGAGUGUGAUGUUUGCAAAUUUCGGUUCAAAACAAAGCGUGCUUAUCAAAAACAUGCAUCUGGUCAUGAAAAGAGAUACGCGUGUAAAUCCUGCCCUUAUGUAUCAACCAAUACGACACAAGCAAAACAGCAUCAAGGAUGGCAUAAAGGAGUAACAUUCAAGUGCAAAUAUUGCAACGAAAUUUUCAAUGUAUGGACAUCGUACAUGAGUCACACUCGCAUCAAGCACCCGUCGGAGUUCAUCUGCGGUAUCUGUGGAUACUCGUUCAUCAGCAAACUAGGACUCGCCAUGCACAAGACUAUGAUGCAUAAAGAUGUUUUGGAGAAACCAGAAGAGAAUGCAGAAGACGGUCCAUACUGCGCGGAGUGCGACGUGAAGUUUGUGUCGAGCGUAGCGUACAAACGGCACAUGGUCAUGUCGGUCAAACACACGCAGAGCACGGACUCUAUUAAAGGUUGUCGUACAUGCGGCGCGACGUUCGAGAACGCGGAAGGGUUGCGCCACCACCACCGCAAGGAACAUACCAGGAAGCGACCCAAGAACUAUGGGAAGAAACCCACGACUGGGAACUGGCCCGCUAAGUGUGAACAUUGUGAGGAAGAGAUCCCCAGCGCCCGUGAGUACUGGACCCACUUCCGUCGUGUCCACCCGGACAAACCAUACCCCGUGGAAAAGAACCACGUCUGUGAUAUAUGUGGGAAGAGUUUUCGGGGCAACGCGUUCCUAGUGUACCACAAGCGCACGCACUCCGCGGAGCGCGCGUACUCGUGCGGCCAGUGCGGCAAUGUACCACAAGCGCACGCACUCCGCGGAGCGCGCGUACUCGUGCGGCCAGUGCGGCAAGUAAAACACAAGUGUGACCCCGCAGGGCAACGCGUUCCUAGUGUACCACAAGCGCACGCACUCCGCGGAGCGCGCGUACUCGUGCGGCCAGUGCGGCAAGUAAAACACAAGUGUGACCCCGCAGGGCAACGCGUUCCUAGUGUACCACAAGCGCACGCACUCCGCGGAGCGCGCGUACUCGUGCGGCCAGUGCGGCAAGUAAAACACAAGUGUGACCCCGCAGGGCAACGCGUUCCUAGUGUACCACAAGCGCACGCACUCCGCGGAGCGCGCGUACUCGUGCGGCCAGUGCGGCAAGUAAAACACAAGUGUGACCCCGCAGGGCAACGCGUUCCUAGUGUACCACAAGCGCACGCACUCCGCGGAGCGCGCGUACUCGUGCGGCCAGUGCGGCAAGUAAAACACAAGUGUGACCCCGCAGGGCAACGCGUUCCUAGUGUACCACAAGCGCACGCACUCCGCGGAGCGCGCGUACUCGUGCGGCCAGUGCGGCAAGUAAAACACAAGUGUGACCCCGCAGGGCAACGCGUUCCUAGUGUACCACAAGCGCACGCACUCCGCGGAGCGCGCGUACUCGUGCGGCCAGUGCGGCAAGUAAAACACAAGUGUGACCCCGCAGGGCAACGCGUUCCUAGUGUACCACAAGCGCACGCACUCCGCGGAGCGCGCGUACUCGUGCGGCCAGUGCGGCAAGUAAAACACAAGUGUGACCCCGCAGGGCAACGCGUUCCUAGUGUACCACAAGCGCACGCACUCCGCGGAGCGCGCGUACUCGUGCGGCCAGUGCGGCAAGUAAAACACAAGUGUGACCCCGCAGGGCAACGCGUUCCUAGUGUACCACAAGCGCACGCACUCCGCGGAGCGCGCGUACUCGUGCGGCCAGUGCGGCAAGUAAAACACAAGUGUGACCCCGCAGGGCAACGCGUUCCUAGUGUACCACAAGCGCACGCACUCCGCGGAGCGCGCGUACUCGUGCGGCCAGUGCGGCAAGUAAAACACAAGUGUGACCCCGCAGGGCAACGCGUUCCUAGUGUACCACAAGCGCACGCACUCCGCGGAGCGCGCGUACUCGUGCGGCCAGUGCGGCAAGUAAAACACAAGUGUGACCCCGCAGGGCAACGCGUUCCUAGUGUACCACAAGCGCACGCACUCCGCGGAGCGCGCGUACUCGUGCGGCCAGUGCGGCAAGUAAAACACAAGUGUGACCCCGCAGGGCAACGCGUUCCUAGUGUACCACAAGCGCACGCACUCCGCGGAGCGCGCGUACUCGUGCGGCCAGUGCGGCAAGUAAAACACAAGUGUGACCCCGCAGGGCAACGCGUUCCUAGUGUACCACAAGCGCACGCACUCCGCGGAGCGCGCGUACUCGUGCGGCCAGUGCGGCAAGGCAACGCGUUCCUAGUGUACCACAAGCGCACGCACUCCGCGGAGCGCGCGUACUCGUGCGGCCAGUGCGAAUUAAAUAUUAACACAAAAAUUAAAUUUCAUCUCAACAGUAAAGGUUGUCGUACAUGCGGCGCGACGUUCGAGAACGCGGAAGGGUUGCGCCACCACCACCGCAAGGAACAUACCAGGAAGCGACCCAAGAACUAUGGGAAGAAACCCACGACUGGGAACUGGCCCGCUAAGUGUGAACAUUGUGAGGAAGAGAUCCCCAGCGCCCGUGAGUACUGGACCCACUUCCGUCGUGUCCACCCGGACAAACCAUACCCCGUGGAAAAGAACCACGUCUGUGAUAUAUGUGGGAAGAGUUUUCGGGGCAACGCGUUCCUAGUGUACCACAAGCGCACGCACUCCGCGGAGCGCGCGUACUCGUGCGGCCAGUGUGGCAAGUCGUUCUACAACCGCAGCAACCUGCACGUGCACGAGAAGACGCACUCCGCCGCGCGGCCCUACCCCUGCACCGUGUGCACGCGGGCCUUCAAGUCCAAGGGGGCACUCAGCAGACAUUUUAGGACGCACACAGGUCAAAAGCCCUAUGAAUGCGAAGUAUGUGGUAAAGGGUUCUCACAGUCCAACAGUAGGAAGCUACACGUUAGAACUGUACACCUCAAGCAACCAGCGCCAUACAUCAGUCGGAGUCGGUUGGAGAGACGCAAGCAGGAACAGAAGGAACCCACCAAUGAAUUUAUAUUCUAAGAUAUAUUUUUAUAAUAACUAUCGUGAGACAUACUUAAUUAAGUAAAAUCGCGGGUUACUCGCGUGAAU